CCACAGACCCUGCCACUCCGCAGUAACGCGAUUGCUUUCGUGGAGUAUACUACUAUUCGUGGACAGUGUCGGUUGUUGCUUUGUGACACGCAACGCGCGUUGUCCCGCGUCCGUGUUCUCCCUCUCCUUUCGUCUCUUCUGUCUGUUUCUUUGGUGUGGAUCGCGCGCGCGGUGACUCGAGUGUUCAGUGAUCGUCUCGCGAUAUGUACAUAGUUCACUCGAACUGUGUUCGUCUUUCUCGUAUUAUUUAUCUCUCUCUGGUUUUUUGCAUUGAGAAGUAACUGAGAGAGGAUUGCAGUCUAUACGCUAUCGGAUAGAGUCUGUUGGGCGAAAGUUUGAUUCGUUUUCGGAAUUGACGCGAUAGAAGAGUGGGAGUUUUCCUAGUGUAAAAGGAACAUAAAACGAGUAGACUCGAGAGCGUGACGGACUAUGCCGAAACACGGCCAUCCAGUCGGGAAGCAGCGUGGCCGCGCGGGCUUGGUGUUUGGGUCGCCUAGCGGCGACUGAGUUCGGGAUGCUAAAAGUUCCCGCGGGAGUCGGCGGAGAGUGUUUGCAGAAGGAGGAGAAGAAGGCCGGCAGGAUGGGCGGGAGACGAGGUGUGCUGGUCCGCGACGUAGGUGCGCACCGCGACGCCGACGACGUGACGGCCACGUGCCCCCGCAGUUACCUCGCUGGUUGUCGCCACUAACCGUUGCACUAGUGUAUAGUAGCGUUGAUCGUACAUAGUUGGUCGAGCGAAACGGCGAUCGUACGACCAUAUUUUGCACACCGUGUCGUAAAAACAAGCUGUAUAGUCAAGUGUGUGAUUUUCGUCGAUAGAUGGAGUAUAGAGUGUAUUACCCGUGAUUUUUCCCCUUUCGUAUCAAGUGCAAUGGUGACUUUGUUGAUCGUUUUUGGUGUUUCGUUCAGCCGCCAUUGAAGAUAUUUGCUCAUAGGAUUCGAAGUUGUGAAGUUGUUGGAUACUUUGUGCGACAGACGCGAACAGGUGGUAUGCGCAUUGUUCCUUAACUCGAAGUCAAAUCGUUCUAAUAGAUAGUCGAACAUCCCGCCGGUGAAAGGAGAGAGGACGCUGGCAUUGAGCGGUGAUGAACUGGAUGUCACGGGGCGUUAAUACGUUGUCCCGCGUGAACCCAAGGUAUCAAGAAACUUGAAACUUGAUACACGAGGUGUCGUCCCUUCCGUCCUAGCCGCGUGCACCGAGUUCUACUUUUUCGAAACAUACCGCGAAGUGUUGUGAUUCCUCGCAGUGAUUAUUAGCCGUGAUUGAUGGUGUUCUAACUGGGAUGCUUCUUAGAGGUCGAACCAAACGUUACGAAUCCUACAGUCAAAAUAUAUUCUAGAAACAGUGUCUUUAAACGUGCAAGUGAAAAACAAAUAACAGCGAGUUGGAGUUUCAGCCAGGGACAUUGUCUAAACGCAAUAGAAUCUGCAUACAAACAGGAAAAUAGUGCCUCUAAAUUAAGUCAGAAGCGAAAUUCGAUUAACAAGAGAUUUGGCAUUGUGCAAAGUAGAUAGAUUUCUGAUCGAGCAUCGAGAGAUUCCCGCGCUCGUACCCCAGUCAUCAGGCCGACAGGAGUUCGAGGAGAGGGUGAAGGGCGUCGUGGAGGGGGGAGUGAUGCCGGUGAGGGUGGCACAGCGCCCCCCAGGUGGAAUACCACUGCACGCCGGCGUGCCGGUAGCGCCCAGCAGCGUAACCGCCUCCGGUCCGUCGGGCCGGUGCCUCGGGGGCCCGGCAGCGCCCCCCGCCGGCUCGCCACCGCUGCCGCCCUCCUUGCAAUCGCUUGGCGGCGGUGUGAGCAACAACACCAACAACACUGUUGGUGCUGGCAGCAACGGCUCCAGCAACGGUAACGCCGGCCUUCAGAACACCGGCAACAGUAAUAACAACAUAGUCGGGAACAACAACGCCAGUCAGAGUAUCGCCGGCACCGGCCUAGGAGGCGUCAGCACUACGAGCGGCGCCACGAAUCCCUUGCAGGCGAUGGCGUCGGCGGCGGCCUCGCUAACCCAGUUGAACAACAUGGCGAAUGGCCCGCUGCCGCCGCUAGCGGCCACCGGACCGACCGGACCGCCUAGUUUACCGCCUCCACAGCCGGCCACUACGCCAACUCAUGGGGGUCCACCGACGCCGCACGCUGGUGUCACCGGUGGACCCCAUCUUAAUGGAGCUUCCCCGAGUCCUCACCCGAUGCCACCUCACGGAAUGAUGAGCGGGUCGCCUCACGCGCCUCACCCACAUAUGGGUGGCGGCGGACCCUCACCUCAUGCUCACCAUCCCGGCCCUCACAUGGUCGGUUCGCCGCACCAUCCUGGCCCACAUCCCAUGGGUCCCGCUGCUAGCAUGAUCGGAGCCAGUAUGCAGCCUCAAGGUGGCCCUGGGAUGUGCGGCCCUGGACCCACCGGUCCCAUGGGACCUCACGCUCAUCCGCAAGGACCUGGAGUACCCGGACAGCCUCACAUGCACAACGACCCUUUUUACUGUUCGCCUUUUGGAUCGCAUUACUUCAGAUCGUUGCCUGUCCCCAGGAGGCAUACUCCGUACUUUGGCCAGCCGGACUACAGGCUCUACGAGUUGAACAAGAGGUUACAGCAGCGUACAGAGGAGAGCGACAAUCUCUGGUGGGACGCGUUCGCGACUGAAUUCUUCGAGGACGACGCAACCUUAACCCUCACGUUUUGCUUGGAGGACGGUCCCAAGAGAUACACGAUAGGUAGGACGUUAAUACCUAGGUACUUCCGUUCGAUAUUCGAGGGCGGAGUAACGGAACUUUACUACAAUUUGAAACACCCGAAGGAGUCAUUUCACAAUACCAGCAUAACCCUCGACUGUGAUAACUGCGUUAUGGUAACGCAUCACGGAAAACCAAUGUUCACGAAGGUAUGUACGGAGGGUAGAUUAAUAUUGGAAUUCACGUUUGACGACCUUAUGAGGAUAAAGUCGUGGCACAUGUCGGUGAGAACUCACAAGGAACUCGUGCCUAGGACUGUGGUCGGUAUGCAACAGGAUCCGACGAUGCUCGAACAGCUUAGUAAGAACAUCACCAGGCAGGGCAUCACCAAUUCCACCCUGAAUUACCUUAGGUUAUGUGUGAUCUUGGAGCCGAUGCAAGAGCUGAUGUCGAGGCACAAGGCGUACGCGUUGUCACCGCGGGACUGCUUGAAGACGACCUUGUUCCAGAAAUGGCAGAGGACGUUUGCCCCGCCGGGUAAGAGAGAGUCGCAGAGGCCGGCCAGUAAACGAAGAAAGCGAAAGGGUAGCACGCCGGGGCCAGGAAAUAACGCGCCGCCUGCGCCCAGCAAAAAGAGAUCGCCGGGACCUAAUUUUUCUCUGGCAUCACAGGACGUGAUGGUUGUGGGUGAACCGUCGCUGAUGGGAGGGGACUUUGGCGAGGAGGACGAACGAGUAAUCACGAGGUUGGAGAACACGCAGUACGACGCUACGAACAGUUUGGACCCUCAUAGUCACGACACGCCGGGUGGACCACCUCCGCAUCCUCAUCAAUUCCAUUCGGAACCGACCCCGGGUAAUUCUUGGCCUCCGGAUCGCGGUCCUGGACCGCCACAAGGAGGACCCGGUAGUCAGGGAGUUCAAGGUGGACAAGGCGGAGGAGCACCAGGUGUACAGGGUACGCAGGACGCCAAUCAACAGCAACAAGACAAGAAAAGCCCCGCUGUGAGCCAGUGAGGCCAGGAGUCCCCGCGCCCCCCCACCAGGGGGCGACGGGGGCGCAGGCCCAAGAACAUGGCUCCCUAGCGGGGCGAGAACCCUAACCUCCCCGGCGCCUACUUGGCCUCGUCUGGCUGUUCGGCCAGCAGGCUGUCGCACGUUGGCGUACAUCCGCUGGCCUGUCAUCAGGCUGGGCUGUCCGGGCAUCAUACGGAGCAGCAGGUGCAACUGAGCCAUGCUGCG